ACAGUGGUUGAAACCGGGAAAUAACAAUUACCAAGCAUCCUUAUACCAAACAAGAAGACGGAAAGCUGUAAAGUUCUGACUGAGUAGACAGAGAUAAUGGAAUAACUAACAUUGUAUACCUAUUAUGCAUUUUACUUGCAUGUACGUAAUACAUAUAUAGAUAGCUAUGUGUUCCGUGAAGAAUCUCAUUAAGGUUUUCGGGCAUGAUUUCUAUUAAUGCCCCGUAAAAGCAUCAAGACAGAGAAGCCUCCACUGCUGUUCUUGGAGCGGCCUGUGCGUGGAGCCAGACUCCAAAAUGUGCCUGAAGUCAGAGCAGCAAACAAUCCCAAAGUAUUUUUCUCUGAGACACAAGCACACGAGAGUUCAGCUCUUAAUUCAUGGGUAAGCCCACAAUUUGACAGUUCACUUGCAGCUGCACCUCCUGUGAGACGGGGGAGGAGAAAAUGCCACUCUGCCACAAGCAUUCUUGACAGUUGCAGUCAGCUGUCCAGGAAAAACAGCGUGUGCAAAUUCCCCUCAUUAACGUUUGAGACAAGGUCAAGAGACCAGCCUCAUCAACCAAGGCAUACACGCAGAAAGAAAGCUACAGAGUCUGCUGUUGUGCCCGACGCAGGAAAUCAGCCACCGAGAUCAUGCCAAAACACAAGUGCAGUUUCUAGCGCACAGUGCCUCGACACACCAAAGAGACAGUUGGCCACGAUCAGAAAAGGGAAUGUGGAGACAUAUUCUGGUGGUGUUGCCUCCUCCAGCAGAUGUUUGGAUGAGUCUCCACCAAUCCAAGUGACAGGAAAAUGCAGAAUUCCAGCAGACGGUGCAUCAACACCUGCCUCGAAAGAGUUUAGCACCACUGAUGUCAGCAGUGUCUGUGCGCCACCUGAUGUGGACACUCCAAAAGCAAUACAAGAAGAGAGUAGUUGUCCCUCCUCCCCCUCUGUACACUCGCUACUGGCUCAGCCAUGUACACCACCAUGUAAUCAGCCGCCUGACAUUUUGGUGGCUGACACACCAGAGAGGGACUAUGGGGUGAAGGUGACAUGGAGAAGGAGGAGGGGUUUGAUGUUGUUGUUAAAAGAAAGAGGCCACCUCUCCGAUUCGGAUGCGCUAAUUCCCAGCUGAUGUCGUGGAGAGUCGGUAAGAAGAGGAUCAGGCAACAAUGUCAUGAAAGAGGGGACAUUGAUUAUUCAUUGGACUACUGUACUUCUGUGACCAGAAUCCUUUCUAUAAACUAUUUUAUAACAAUGAAAGGAGCUGCUGCAUCUGAAGUGAUGGUCACAUUUCAGUUCAAUGACAGUUUACUUCUUUUUAGCUUGGUUGAACAUCAUAAUGGUUAUUCAAGGAGGGUUAUUGAGGUAUGAUUGUAGGAUUUCGCUAUGUAUGUCCAAGCAAAUGCUGAAUCAAUCAAAAUUGCAGUUUGAGAAUUUGUUUAGAUUUUUAGUGAUACUGCACUAUUAUAGCUUAAGUUGCAAAUAACAUGCAAUCCUCAUUCUCAAGUCCAGUCCUAACCUUUAACUGUAAAGGCCUAUUGUUUGCUAUUCGUAUGCUUGUGCAUUUUCUUGGCAGAUAUAUGGAAAAAAAGCUGCGUCCACAUGUAUUGUAACAGAUAUCACCAGCCCAAUAUCUGACUGUUCUCAUUAACAUGAAAUCUUGUGUCACAGGUGUAACACAAGCGCUGCUGAAAAAUGAUUUGAAUGCUGCUGUAGGUGAUUGUGAGCAAUGCUGUGUAGUGUAAGAACAUAUUUUGUCUUUCAAAUGUGGUGCAUAAAAGAUAUGGAAUAAAUAUAUAAGUGCAGAAAGCAAACUAA